AAACAGCCAAGCUCCUUGUAGCAGUUUCUACUGCUCUCCUCUUCAAAGUCCCUCUGUCUACUGUUUUUAUAUUAUAGCAAACAUCCCGAAGCGCACACCCUAUAUUCUAUCGCAGGGGUCACACUUUUUAGAGCUGGGUUGCCAAGAGCGUAUUUCCUGAAAGUCUACACCAUCCUCCUGUGUGAGACACUCAAACCGGAGUCUAUUAUCUUGUUCUCAAAGCUCGUCUACCAGAGCUAGGUCAUCUCUCUUUCUCUUUCUUCUGUCCUCGGUUUAUAGACUGCACCGGUUCUUUUUUCAUCCUGUUACGUCUGUCUCCCCCUUUUUUCUCACUGGGUCUCUUGCUCGUUGUUCAGACGGCUUCCAGCAGCACAGAACUCCGAUACUAAGGUACACGAUGUUUUUCUAAAACGGCUCUGGGCUCGGCAUGUUUCUGGGCACAUCUCCUUUAUGUCUGCGGUUUUUCUUGGCCACCGUGAAUGCCUGGCUGCAACCCUUUUCUGGGCAAGGUGUCGGCGUGCAUGUUUGCGUUCCGAAAAUAGCACAAAAAGGAACCGGCGGGAUUCUGCCAGGCCGCUCCUGGCCUCCCCGGAGAUUGCAACGCGUGAAAUUAGCAGCACGCGUGCAGGCUGGACGGCGGCGGCUGCUUGUGGGCUUGCACAAGUUUAUUUAGAUUGACCAGUCGAUGACAGCAUAGGGAUGGCUCCCCUCCCCAUCCGCCUCGCUUUUGUUUCCGCAUACCACUAACAUUCUUACUAAUCACUAUAGAAAGCAG